AUGAAGCUCCACAUCCUCCACAUCCUAGCCAUCGUAGCAUUGGCUUCGGCACAUAUCCUCCCACCCACCUCCACCGACAGUUCAAUCGUCAAUCUCACUUGCGAUGCCUACAAAAACACCGAUGCAGAUGGUGCGAAACUCAGCAAUAUCUCCGACGACCAUGAUCCUUCUAUUUUCCACACUCUCGCCAACCCACUCACCAAAUUUGAGAAAGCAAUCUCGAUCGGUCAAACUUUAGACUCGGCCAUGCGCUCCAAGGAUAGUGUCGCCCGCUGGUUUUUCAAAGACUUCCCACAGUUCGCCGAAACAUGUCAAUCACCUUUCACCGGCGAUGGAAAAGCCGAAUUAGCGAAGUGGGGUUUCGACGACAGCGACGCAUUAAGCGCUACGGUGGCCAAAGAGUGCGAUUUCGAUGGUUAUCACAAGAUCAAGGCGGCGUUUGACGAACUUGGUCUGGAUAGUAGAAGCAGUAAGGAUGGGGGACCGAAUCAUUGCUUCAAGGUGAAUCACCGGGAUGGCGUGGCUAUCAAGAGAAAUGAGGACGGGAGUUUACCAAGUGAGGCGAAGCAGUACUAUGAUGUUUGUGGCAAGGAGUAUAGGGCUACAGGUGCAUCUUAUGAAUUCGCCGUCAAUCCUAACGGCCUCAUAGCCCUCAUGAACAUAAUGAGCAUGACCUAUUCCGCGAAGACAUACACGUGGUUCCGCACACCCCUCCCCGAAGAGCUCCCGCAUAUCGGCACGACGCAGGACAUUGCCUGGGCCAUGUGGAACCGCGUCAACGCACCUAAUCUCGCCGGCCUGAAGUAUCUGCUCGUCACGCAGGUCAUGAACGCGGGUAGUAGAGAGCUGUUUAGAAGCGCGCUAGAGACUCUGAACCCGCCGCAGAGUGAGUACAAGUUGUGGCCGGGAGAAGAAUUUAGUAUAGAAACGAAGGGAGGAAAGGCGAUUCUGGGCUCACCAGUGGGACGAUGGGCUGGCUACCUCUUACUACAGCACAAGGACCAACUUGGAGGGAACCGAUAUAUCGAAAAGGUUAGGUUGUUCAAGCCACCGGGCGCGAGUCUACCGUAUCUUCUGUUCUAUGUAGCAAAGGAACCGGCGGCUGGACAAGCUAGCUUGACGGAGGCUGAGGCGCAGGCAGAGAAAAGCUCACUACGGGUGGCAGGAAGAGAGACGGGUGGUAAGAACUUUGUACGGGAGCACGUCAUUCAUGUGGGGUUGUAG